UGUAGUGACGAUGUAUGAAGCAUUUAAAGCAGGGAUUUAAAGAAUAGAAGAGAAGAUAUUCAAAAGAAUAUUUUUAAACUUGUAUUUAAAUUAACUAGCAAUAUUUGAGUUCGAAAAUGAAAGAAAAAGGGAAGAAAGAUAAACACAAAAAGAAAAGUAAACAUAAGGAUAAACGGGAGCGAAGACGUCACAGCUCUACUAGUUCCAGCAGCUCUAGUGAGGACGAAUGGGUGGAAAAACAACCCGAACCUAAGCAAAGUAAUGCUGAACGAGAAGAUUGGAUGGCCAUGACAGGUAUGAUGAAAACAUACACUAAAGACGAUAUAAGGAAGCCUAAACAAGAGGAGAAAAAACACAUAGACUCGUAUAACCCCGCAACUAGCAGUAGAGAACUCAAUCCCUAUUGGAAAGAUGGUGGUGGAGGCUUACCACAAACUCCUGAGAGUUUCCGCAAAUCUAAACCAUUUCUCAAACCUGAAUCAUUUGAAGAUCUAUAUUCUAGAUCUUCUAGUUCAAAAGAAUCUUAUACAGAUACAGAUUACAAAAGAAAAAGUAGGAGUUAUAGUAGCUCUUACAGUCACAAGUCUGGUGGUUGGAGGAAAGAUUCCAAAAAAGAUGAACAUAGAGAGUCAAAAGAAGACAAUAUAAGUAGCUCAAGAGAGGACAGUAGAGGGGAUUCUAAAGACAAUUGCAGGAGGGACUCAAAAGACGACUACAGGAGGGAUUUAAGAGAUGACUACAGAAAAGAGUCAAGGGAUGACUACAGAAAAGAUUCAAGGGAUAGAAAUCUCAAUAGAAGGGAUGAAAGGGAUAGAAGAGAUGACAAUAGAAGGGAUGAAAGGGAAAGACGAGAUGACAACAGAAGGGAUAGAAGAGGUGAUAUGGAAAACAGGAUGGAUUUAAGAGAUCAAUCCCCUGAACGCAGAGAUAUAGAAUUAAAACCAACCACAACAAAUGAUGUAGAAUCAGAGCAAAAUUCCAAAAAGGAUUUGCUGUAUUUAAGUGAUGAGAAGCUGAACAAGUUAGCUGCAAAAAUUGUAAAAGCAGAAAUUAUGGGAAACACAGCUUUAGUAACUGAACUUAAAGCUAAACUUGAAGCAGCUAGAGAAUACAGGAAACAGAAUCCAGAUGCAGGCAAAGAGGAGGAGGAUGACAGAGUAAUGCUGAUGUCAACAAACAGUAUGGGUAAUAGUAGACCUUUGUCUAAAGGGUCAGGUGGGGAUCCAAGAAGUAAAGGUGGGAAGAGAAAGGCUGAAACACAUGCUUCUGGAGAAAGAACUAAGUACUUUGGCAAUGAUGACAAGUAUAAUCUUAAGCAAAUGUUCCAAGAAGAGAAAUAUGGUGACAAUUUCAAUGAAGAUGCAGAACUCGCUAACAUUGCAGCCAAACACAAGAAUCCAAAUGAUGACCUUGAAGACAUAUUCACUGAUGAGAUAUCCAAAAACAGGAAUGAAGCUAAGGACAGUGAGAGAGAGAAACAGAGAGCCAUUCAACAGCAUAGUAAAAUGGAGAGGUCUCUAGAAGGAUGUGAAUAUUGUCUGGAUUCUAAGAACAUGUUGAAACAUCUUAUGGUGAGCUGCGGGACUAAGGUGUACUUGGCACUGCCUUCUAGGAAGUCGCUGGUAAAGGGGCAAUGUAUUAUCACUACAAUUCAGCAUUCUACAUGUGUUACUGCUGUUGAUGAAGAUGUUUGGGAGGAAAUCAUGAAUUACAGACAAGCUCUCACCAAAUUCUUCAAUUCUCAAGACAAGGAUGUUGUAUUCUUUGAAACAGCAACAAGACUGCAUAAAUUCCCACAUUUGGUUAUUAAUUGCAUACCAUUGCCAAGAGAUGUAGGGGACAUGGCUUCAAUCUAUUUCAAGAAAGCUCUUCUAGAAUGUGAAGCAGAAUGGUCUGUCAAUAAGAAAGUUGUGGAAUUAAAGGGGAAAAAUAUAAGGAAAGGUGUUCCUAAAGGGCUUCCAUAUUUUUGGGUUGAUUUUGCCAUGGAUCCUGGCUUUGCCCAUGUUAUUGAAGAUCAACAACUGUUUCCCAAAAAUUUUGCUGAGGAAAUAAUUGGGGGUAUUCUAGACCUGGACCACUACUUAUGGAAAAAUCCGAAAAGGGAACAAAGUAACGAACAAAGGCAAAAAGUGCUAGAAUUCUCAAGAGAAUGGAAACCAUUUGAUGUAGUUAGUAAGAAUAAAGUGUGAAAGAACA